AUGCCUCCGACUCCGAACCGCGAGGACAUCGCCGCGACAUGGGAGUAUCUUCAGGUGGGCAUUACAAAGAUCAUGAUCAACCUGCAGGAUGGUAUGGACAUGGGCACAUACAUGGGUAUCUAUACCGCUGUUCACAACUUUUGCACCUCACAGAAGGCCGUAGGCUCAUCGAGGAGGUAUACCAACGCCGAAACCCACCCCACCGCUGAGAGUAAUAAGACUAAGCCCUCAACAGCCCAUCUGCUCGGCGAAGAUCUCUACAAGAAGCUGAUCGAGUACCUGAACAACCACCUCGAGGGUCUAUACGAGCAGUCCAAAGCACACACGGACGAGGCGCUGCUCGCCUUUUACAUCCGCGAAUGGGACCGAUACACCGUCGCCGCCAAGUACAUCCACCACCUUUUCCGAUAUCUGAAUCGACAUUGGGUGAAGCGCGAGAUGGACGAGGGCAAGAAGCACACUUACGAUGUGUACACGCUUCACCUAGUUCAAUGGCGGGAAUUCUUCUUCCUCAAGGUGUCGGAGAAGGUCAUGGCUGCCGUUUUAAAGAUGGUGGAGAAGCAAAGAAACGGCGAGACGAUCGAGCACAACCAAAUCAAGCAAGUCGUUGACUCAUUUGUAUCUUUGGGUCUGGACGAGCAUGAUUCCACCAAGUCGACGCUGGACGUAUACAGAUAUCACUUCGAGCGACCGUAUCUCGAGGCCACGAAGAGUUUUUAUGAGGCCGAAUCGAAGCAGUUCAUUGCCGAGAACAGUGUGGUCGAGUACAUGAAGAAGGCCGAGACCCGACUGUCUGAGGAAGAGGAGAGGGUUACAUUGUUCCUGCACAUGGAUAUCACGGGACCUCUCAGGAAGUGUUGCAAUACCGCCCUUAUUGGGGAUCAUGCCAACAUCCUGCGAGAUGAAUUCCAGGUUCUUCUGGACAACAGCCGAGAGGCUGACAUGCAACGCAUGUACAACCUGCUGAACCGUAUCAACGAUGGCUUAGCACCUUUGAGGCAGAAGUUCGAAGCCCAUGUUCGAAACGCCGGCCUAACAGCUGUGACAAAGGUCGCGUCGGACGCCGAGAAGCUGGAGCCCAAGAUCUAUGUCGACGCUCUCCUCGAAAUCCACACGCAGUACCAGACUCUGGUCAAGAACGCCUUCCAAGACGAGCCCGAGUUUACCAGGUCCCUGGACAAUGCCUGCAGGGAGUUUGUCAACCGCAAUGAAAUCUGCAAAGUCGGCUCCAACAAGUCACCAGAGCUUCUAGCCAAGUACACAGAUGUGCUGCUGCGGAAGAGCGGUACCGGGGUCGAAGAAGCAGAACUCGACGCCACUUUGACGCAAAUAAUGACGGUCUUCAAGUACAUCGAGGACAAGGAUGUGUUCCAGAAGUUCUACUCGAGAAUGCUGGCAAGACGUCUCGUCCACAGCAAUUCCUCGUCUGACGACGCUGAGACUAGCAUGAUCAGCAAACUCAAGGAAGCAUGCGGUUUCGAGUACACGAACAAGUUGCAGCGCAUGUUCCAGGAUAUGCAGAUCUCCAAGGACCUGAACACCGGAUUCAAGGAGCACACCAAGGGCCUCAACCUCGAGAGGCAGCCCCUUGACUCCUCGUACUCGAUACUGGGGACGAGUUUUUGGCCCCUCACACCACCGAACACGACAUUCAACCCGCCCGCCGACGUUCAGGCUGACCUCGACAGAUUCUCCCGCUUCUACAAGAACAAGCACGAAGGUCGCAAGUUGACAUGGCUGUGGCAACUCUGCAAGGGUGAGGUGAAGACGAGUUAUUGCAAGAACUCCAAAACUCCAUACACCUUCCAGGUCAGCGUUUACCAGAUGGCUAUACUUCUCCUGUUCAACGAGAAGGACGCACAAACGUAUGAAGACAUCGCCUCUGUGACCCAGUUGACCAGUGAGACGAUGGACGCGGCGAUCGCCAUUCUGUGCAAGGCCAAGGUUCUAAUCAUGAAGCCCGAGGGCAAGCCUGGUCCUGGAAAAACUUUCCACCUCAACUACGAUUUCAAGAGCAAGAAGAUUCGCGUGAACCUCAACGUCGCUACCAAGUCUGAGCAGAAGCAGGAGGAGGUCGAGACUAAUAAGACUAUCGAGGAGGACCGCAAGCUUUUGUUACAAUCUGCAAUUGUGCGUAUCAUGAAGGCUCGCAAAAAUAUGAAGCACAACCAGCUCGUCAGCGAGACCAUCAACCAGAUCAAGUCUCGUUUUGUGCCCAAGGUGUCUGACAUCAAGAAAUGCAUCGAGAUCCUGCUCGACAAGGAGUAUCUCGAGCGCUUGGAGGAUGACGAACUCGGAUACCUUGCAUAA